CAGAAUGCGACGCACAUUUGGCGGCGUUUAUGAUAGGUAGACGUUAGUGGUUCAAUGGAUGUACUGUUGUUAGGAAGUCUUUAGUAAAAUCUUCUGGACUAAAGGCUGAUGUAACGAUGAUUCACGAGUUGCUGCUUGCUUUAAGCGGGUAUCCUGGUACCAUAAUUACAUGGAAUAAACGAAAUGGUUUGCAGGUGUCCCAGGAUCUGCCCUUUCUCCAUCCCAGUGAAACCAGUGUCCUGAACCGGCUGUGUAAGAUGGGCACAGACUAUGUGCGGUUCACAGAGUUCAUAGAGCAACACACAGGCCAUGUCCACCAACAAGAGCACCAUUCGAGCCAGCCGAGCCAAAGUGGAUUACAUGGGAUAUACCUGAGGGCUUUCUGCACUGGCCUGCAUUCCAUGUUACAGCCUUACAGACAAGCAUUACUAGAUCUUGAACAAGAGUUUCUUGGUGAUCCACAUCUCUCCAUUUCCCAUGUAAACUACAAGCUGGAACAGUUUCAGUUGCUGUUCCCCUCCGUAAUGGUUGUUGUGGAGACCAUCAAAUCUCAAAAGAUCCAUGGCUGUCAGAUUCUGGAGACUGUUUACAAGCACAGCUGUGGAGGUCUGCCACCUGUUCGGAUGGCCUUGGAAAAGAUUCUUGCAGUGUGCCACGGAGUGAUGUAUAAGCAGCUGGCUGCAUGGAUGCUGCAUGGCCUGCUCCUGGACCAGAGUGAGGAGUUCUUUGUGAGGCAGGGCCCCAGCGCAGGAGGAGCCGCAGCAGCACAGGAAGAAGAGGAGGAGGACCUGGGCAUUGGAGGUCUGAGUGGGAAACAACUUAGAGAGCUGCAAGACUUGAGACUGAUUGAAGAGGAGAACAUGCUCGCUCCGUCCCUGCAGCAGUUCUCCCUGCGUGUCGAGAUGCUUCCCUCAUACAUUCCUGUCCGAGUAGCUGAAAAAAUCCUCUUUGUUGGGGAAUCGGUCCAAAUGUUUGAGAACCACAACCAGAGUCCCUCCAGAGCUGGUUCCAUACUGAAACACCAAGAGGACACGUUUGCUUCAGAGCUCCACAGACUCAAACAGCAGCCACUUUUCAGCCUGGUGGACUUCGAGAAUGUAAUCGAUGGAAUUCGAAGCACAGUUGCUGAGCAUCUAUGGACUUUGAUGGUGGAAGAAUCUGAUCUUUUGGGUCAACUCAAGAUCAUAAAGGAUUUUUAUUUGUUGGGACGAGGUGAACUGUAUCAAGUCUUCAUUGAUCUUGCCCAGCACAUGCUUAAGACCCCACCAUCAGCUGUGACAGAACACGAUGUGAAUGUGGCCUUUCAGCAAGCUGCUCACAAAGUUCUGCUUGAUGAUGACAACCUGUUACCCCUCUUGCAUCUUACUGUUGACUAUCAAGGGAAAGACAACAAAGAGGCGUCUGGGACUCGAGAAGGCACCACGCCUCCUCAGGAUUCUUCUCCUCGAGAGCCUCCUUCAACAGGCUGGGCCGCACUGGGACUGGCCUAUAAAGUGCAGUGGCCCCUGCACAUUCUCUUCACUCCUGCUGUGUUGGAAAAGUAUAACGUAGUGUUUCGAUACCUGCUCAGCGUGCGCCGGGUGCAGUCAGAGCUGCAGCACUGCUGGGCCCUGCAGAUGCAGCGCAAACACUUAAAGUCUAACAAGACUGACGCAGUCAAAUGGAGGCUGCGCAACCACAUGGCCUUCCUUGUAGAUAACCUGCAGUAUUACCUACAGGUGGAUGUCUUGGAGUCACAGUUUUCGCAGCUUUUGCAGCAGAUCAACUCGACACGAGACUUUGAGAGCAUUCGUCUGGCUCAUGACCAUUUCCUUAGUAAUCUCUUAGCCCAGUCCUUCAUCCUUCUCAAGCCAGUGUUUCAUUGUUUGAAUGAGAUUCUGGAUCUCUGUCACAAUUUCUGCUUGCUGGUGAGUCAGAACCUGGGGCCACUGGACGAGAGAGGAGCAGCUCAGCUGGACAUUAUGGUGAAGGUCAUUUGCAGUUGUACAACAGGCAAGUCACUUGUUUUUCCUUUAGAUAAGUGCCUGAACAAAUGCAGAUCUCUAGAAAUCACCCAUCCACCCUCGUCUAUAUUAGGUUAUUCCAACUGAGUCGUAUCUCAAAUCAGCUUGUAAUUACCUCAGUAGUGCUACUAAAGAGAUGAACCUACGAGCAUGCAUUUUAUAAAUAAAUAAACUAAAAUAGAUAGCUAUUUUAAAUAAACUGCCCAUUUUUAAUUUCACAACAAGCCUGCUUGAUUGUGAUUGAUUUUUAUACAGAUAAAUCCACUAACAGCAUCUCAAGAGCACAACCUGUUGAUCCAGAAAUUACAGAGGGAAGCGCAACAGCUCUGCAGUAUAGUGGGCAUGUUUAUGUAUAUAGGAUGAAUAUAAAUAGAGGCAGAGCAAACAAAGUCUGUAAUCCUCAACACAGUGAGGGCUGCGUAAUGGAGGCUUAGAAAUGGAGGCUUAAAUAGAAGCAUGUUUGUGUGGGCUGGCUGGAGAGUGUCUGGUGUGUGGACCCUGUAAAGAAUUGGGACCCCAGCUAUGUAUCCCCAUAAAAAAGGAAAUUUAAAUUUAGAAAAAUCAGGCACUUAGUUUUCAAUGUAUUGUCCUCCACCAUGUUUUGAACUUUGAUUUUGGCCCAUUAUUACUGCAUCACUAAUUGAAGCAGUGGUUUCAGAAACUAGGCUCCUAAAUUAUAGCCUAACUGUAAUUCUGAAUUUUGUAAUAUGAGCCA